GGGCUCGAGGAGUUGGUGGGGCCAACAUGGCUGCACGGCGCGCAGCGGGGGCGGGGGGCGGUGGGAGCCGGGGGGCGAUGGGACGUUGACCCCGCCCCCUGCUGCUGCCAGUCUGCGCCGGGCUGCGGCGGCGGCGGCGGCAGCGGCGGAGACGGAUCCCGGAACAUGGCGGCCGCGGCGCGCGGCUUCGGCCCCGAGCGGGAGGCCGAGCCGGCCAAGGAGGCGCGCGUCGUGGGCUCUGAGCUCGUGGACACAUAUACGGUUUACAUCAUCCAGGUCACUGAUGGCAGCCAUGAGUGGACAGUCAAGCACCGCUACAGCGAUUUCCAUGAUCUACAUGAAAAGCUCGUUGCCGAGAGGAAGAUUGAUAAGAGUCUGCUUCCUCCCAAAAAGAUAAUUGGGAAGAACUCCAGGAGCUUGGUGGAAAAGAGGGAGAAGGACCUGGAAGUCUACCUCCAGACACUCUUGGCCACCUUCCCUGAUGUGGCCCCCAGAGUGCUGGCUCAUUUCUUGCAUUUUCACUUCUAUGAGAUUAAUGGCAUCACUGCAGCACUGGCUGAGGAGCUCUUUGAAAAAGGUGAACAGCUCCUGGGGGCUGGCGAGGUCUUUGCCAUCCGGCCCCUGCAGCUCUAUGCAGUCACCGAGCAGCUGCAGCAGGGAAAGCCCACAUGCGCCAGUGGGGAUGCCAAGACUGACCUGGGACACAUCCUGGACUUCACCUGUCGCCUUAAGUACCUUAAGGUUUCUGGCACAGAAGGACCUUUUGGGACCAGCAACAUUCAGGAGCAGCUCCUGCCUUUCGAUCUGUCAAUAUUCAAGUCUCUUCAUCAGGUGGAGAUAAGCCACUGUGAUGCCAAGCACAUCCGGGGGCUGGUCGCGUCGAAGCCCACCUUAGCCACGAUGAGCGUCCGCUUCUCAGCAACCUCCAUGAAGGAAGUCCUCGUUCCUGAAGCCUCGGAAUUUGAUGAGUGGGAGCCAGCAGGCGCGGCCCUGGAGGGCCCUGUGACGGCCGUCAUCCCCACGUGGCAGGCGCUGACCGCUCUAGACUUGAGCCACAACAGCAUCUCAGAGAUCGACGAGUCCGUGAAACUGAUUCCAAAGAUUGAGUUCCUGGACCUGAGUCACAAUGGAGUACAGGUCGUGGACAAUCUGCAGCACCUGUACAACCUCGUGCACCUGGACCUGUCUUACAACAAGCUCUCCUCCUUGGAAGGAGUUCACACCAAACUGGGGAACAUCAAGACCCUGAACCUGGCGGGCAACCUCCUGGAGAGUCUGAGUGGCCUGCACAAGCUCUACUCCCUGGUCAACCUGGAUCUUAGCAACAACAGAAUCGAACAGAUGGAGGAGGUCAGGAGCAUUGGCAGCCUCCCGUGUCUGGAGCACGUGGCUCUGCUGAACAACCCCCUGAGCAUCAUCCCUGACUACCGGACCAAGGUGCUGGCUCAGUUCGGAGAGAGAGCCUCUGAGGUCUGUCUGGACAACAUAGCAACCACAGAGAAGGAGCUGGACACAGUGGAAGUGCUAAAAGCAAUUCAGAAAGCCAAGGAGGUCAAGUCCAAACUAAGCAACCCAGAGAAGAAGGUCAGUGAGGAUCCCCGGCUCUCUGCUGCCCCCUGCGUCAGACCCAGCAGCUCCCCCACUACCGUGGCUUCCACCUCUGCCUCCUUGCCCCAGCCCAUCCUCUCCAACCAAGGAAUCAUGUUCGUGCAAGAGGAGGCCUUGGCCAGCAGCCUCUCAUCCACUGACAGUCUGACUCCCGAGGACCGGCCCAUUGCCCAGGGAUGCUCCGAUUCCUUAGAGUCCAUCCCUGCGGGACAGGUACCUUCUGAUGAUUUAAGGGACGUGCCAGGAGCUGUUGGCGGAGCAAGCCCAGAGCAUGCGGAGCCAGAGGUCCAGGUGGUGCCUGGAUCUGGCCAGAUCAUCUUCCUGCCCUUCACCUGCAUUGGCUACACUGCCACCAACCAGGACUUCAUCCAGCGCCUGAGCACGCUCAUCCGGCAGGCCAUCGAGCGGCAGCUGCCUGCUUGGAUCGAGGCUGCCAACCAGCGAGAGGAAGGCCAGGGCGAGCAGGGCGAGGAUGACGAGGAGGAGGAGGAGGAGGACGUUACUGAGAACCGCUACUUCGAAAUGGGACCCCCAGAUGUGGAGGAGGAGGAGGAGGCUGGGCCUGGAGAGGAAGAGGAAGAGGAGGAGGAAGAGGAGGAGGAGGGUGAGGAGGAGCGCCUGGCUCUGGAAUGGGCCCUGGGCGCAGACGAGGACUUCCUGCUGGAGCACAUCCGCAUCCUCAAGGUGCUCUGGUGCUUCCUGAUCCAUGUGCAGGGCAGCAUCCGCCAGUUCGCAGCCUGCCUAGUGCUCACUGACUUCGGCAUCGCCGUCUUUGAGAUCCCGCACCAGGAGUCGCGGGGCAGCAGCCAGCACAUCCUCUCGUCCCUGCGCUUCGUCUUCUGCUUCCCGCACGGCGACCUCACCGAGUUUGGCUUCCUCAUGCCGGAGCUGUGCCUGGUGCUCAAGGUGCGGCACAGUGAGAACACACUCUUCAUCAUCUCAGACGCUGCCAACCUGCACGAGUUCCACGCUGACCUGCGCUCGUGCUUCGCCCCGCAGCACAUGGCUAUGCUGUGCAGUCCCGUGCUCUACGGCAGCCACACCAGCCUGCAGGAGUUCCUGCGCCAGCUGCUCACCUUCUAUAAGGUAGCGGGUGGCUGCCAGGAGCGCAGCCAGGGCUGCUUCCCUGUCUAUCUGGUCUACAGCGACAAGCGCAUGGUGCAGACAGCCGCUGGGGACUACUCGGGCAACAUCGAGUGGGCCAGCUGCACGCUCUGCUCUGCCGUGCGGCGCUCCUGCUGCGCACCCUCUGAGGCCGUCAAGUCUGCCGCCAUCCCCUACUGGCUGCUGCUCACGCCCCAGCACCUCAAUGUCAUCAAGGCCGACUUCAACCCCAUGCCCAACCGCGGCACGCACAACUGCCGCAACCGCAACAGCUUUAAGCUCAGCCGCGUGCCACUCUCCACCGUGCUGCUGGACCCCACACGCAGCUGCACCCAGCCACGAGGCGCCUUUGCCGAUGGCCACGUGCUCGAGUUGCUGGUGGGCUACCGCUUUGUCACCGCCAUCUUUGUGCUGCCCCAUGAGAAGUUCCACUUCCUGCGCAUCUACAACCAGCUGCGGGCCUCACUGCAGGACCUGAAGACUGUGGUCAUCGCCAAGAGCCCUGCAACCGGGGGCAGGCCUCAGAGCCCCCUUGUGGAUGGCCAGCCCGCCGAGGGCGGAGCCAGAUGCAGCAAUGACCGGAAUGUCCAGGAGGCUCUUGCUCCGGCACCAGCAGAGGUCCCGGCACCAGCAGAGGUCCCGGCCCCAGCGGAGGUCCCAGCUCUGGCCCCGGCAGAGGCCCCAGCUCUGGCGGAGCCCUCAGUGCCAGCUUUGGUCCGAGGAGAGGCCUCAGCCCCAGAGGAUACCCCAGCAGAGGCCUCAGCCCUGGCACAAGCUGAGGCCCCAGCACAAGCUGAGGCUCCUGCCCAAUACCCAAGCGAGCACCUGAUCCAGUCCACGUCAGAGGAGAAUCAGAUCCCCUCGCACCUGCCUGCCUGCCCGUCGCUCCGGCACAUCGCCAGCCUGCAGGGGAGGGCCAUUGUCGAGUUCUUCCACAGCAGCAUUGCCGAGGUGGAAAACGAGGAGCUGCGGCACCUCCUGUGGUCGUCGGUGGUGUUCUACCAGAGCCCGGGGCUGGAGGUGACUGCCUGCGUGCUGCUCUCCACCAAGGCCGUGUACUUGGUGCUGCACGACGGCCUCCGCCGCUACUUCUCAGAGCCGCUGCAGGAUUUCUGGCAUCAGAAAAACACUGACUACAACAACAGUCCCUUCCACAUCUCUCAGUGUUUUGUUUUAAAACUCAGCGACCUGCAGGUAGUCAACGUUGGGCUUUUCGACCAGUAUUUCCGGCUGACGGGCUCCUCCCCGGCGCAGGUGGUUACCUGCUUGACACGGGACAGCUACCUGACACACUGCUUCCUCCAGCAUCUCAUGGCUGUGCUCUCCUUGCUGGAACGCACGCCCUCACCUGAGCCUGUCGACAAAGACUUCUACUCUGAGUUUGGAAACAAGACCACAGGGAAGAUGGAGAACUACGAGCUGAUCCAUUCAAGCCACGUCAAGUUCACCUACCCCAGUGAGGAGGAGAUCGGGGACCUGACGUUCAUCCUGGCCCAGAAGAUGGCAGACCCGGAGAAGGCGCCGGCCCUCAGCAUCCUGCUGUAUGUGCAGGCCUUCCAGGUGGGCUCGCCGCUACCGGGGCGCUGCAGGGGUAUGCUGCGCCCCAAAACGCUUCUGCUCACCAGCGCCGAGAUCUUCCUCCUGGACGAGGACUUCGUCCAUUACCCACUGCCCGAGUUCGCCAAAGAGCCGCCACAGAGGGACCGGUACCGGCUGGACGACAGCCGCCGCGUCCGGGACCUGGACCGCGUGCUCAUGGGCUACCAGACCUACCCGCAGGCCCUCACCCUGGUUUUUGAUGAUGUGCAGGGCCACGAUCUAAUGGGCAACGUCACUCUGGACCACUUUGGGGAGGUGCCAGGUGGCCCAGCCAGAGCUGGUCAGGGCCAUGAGGUCCAGUGGCAGGUGUUUGUCCCCAGCGCUGAAAGCCGAGAGAAGCUCAUCUCGCUGUUGGCCCGCCAGUGGGAGGCUCUUUGCGGCCGAGAGCUGCCUGUUGAGCUCACCGGCUAGCCUGGGCCAUGGCCGGUCCUUGCUGCCCGCUGUGUCUGGCCUGGCAUCCACUCAGGGCGGGGAAGCAGGCUUUCUUUGUUCUUUUUAAAUGUUUUCUCCUCUCUUUUUGUACCUUCGUUUGACUGUCCUCCCAGAGAAUGUGAACGUGUGUGUUCAGUUGGUUCUUUCUAACCUUGGGAGUGAGAGCGCUGACCCCUCCGGGGCCUCCAUGUGCCGUCAGCCUCCUGUGGGUCGUUGCCUGCCCCUGGUGCCGCACGGCCAGGCACACCUGUGUUGUGUCUUCUGUCGUGGGACCAUCAUUAACACGUGGCACCGUGGGUUUGAUUUACUCUUACACAUCCUUUCCUGAGAUGUCAAGUCCAGUCUUGUUGCUGUUGCUGUCAUUGUGGGUACUUGCUGCUAAUUAUGAAGCUGGCAGCAAAAUGCACAUUGAAAGCUCUCGCCCCGUGCAGUUUUCCAAAGGGGUGGCCUCCUGGUCCAGACAAGUGGGAGAGCCCCGUGGGGGCUGGAGUCCCCCAGGCCUUGAGGCUGAGAGGGAUGGGGGCAGGGGACCCAGUGCUGCCAGCACCAAGUGUGAUUCCUGUUGUCCAUUUUCUCUAUUCCAGUAAAGCCAAGUUUGACACA